AUGCACGUACUCAUUAUUCUCAUUUCGUUCACGGUGAACGCCAACGCCAGUCAUUUUCUGGGCGGUAUCAUCAGCUGGCGCGUACAGAACGCGUCAACGAAUAAUUCAUUGAUAGGUAUUUUGAUUACUCAAACAUAUUCAUGGACUUAUGUUCCUGGCCGAUGUGAUAACAAUUCAAUCAUAACUAAUCAAUUAGUUUCUGGUGCUAGUGGAACACUUACUUGUUCGCCCAGCUGUCCUCCUGGUUGUUCGGGUAUUUCUGCAGCACCGAUCUGUACUGAUCUAUCAAUAUUGAAUGGUAUUGCCGUUGGGCAACGUUCAGAUAUUGUUUAUGUACCAGUGGGCAGUAGCUUCUCAAUUAUAUAUGCAAGUAGCGCUUGGGGUACGUUAUCACUAGGUGGGACUGCUUGGUCUAUUGCUUCGCGCAUCAAUCUCGCACGACGCUCUGACAAUAAUAUGUUUAAUAAUGCUCCUGUAGCCACCAUCAUGUCGCCGGUGAAUAUAGAAGUAAAUCAGAAGACUUGGAUAACUGUGUCAGUAAGUGAUGCUGAUGGCGAUGUUGUUCGAUGCCGUUGGGCUGGUGUUGUUAAUGGUGUUGAUGAAUGCUCUUCUGUAUGUUCACCAGGUUCAUUACCACCGAAUUCAAUCCUGUACUCUAAUUGUACACUUGAAAUUACAGGUCCAACUAUUAGAAAUAAAUAUGCUGUAGCACUGAUGGUGGAGGAUUUUAUUAAUUCAACUAGUACAAUCCCUUUAAGUUCCGUUCCAGUUCAAUAUCUUGUUAGUAUUGUUGGACCAGCAUCAUGUCUUGUACUUCCUGAAAUAACCUUUUCUGGAUCAUCAUGCACACCAAUAAAAGUUAACGACACAUUCUACGGAUCGAUUUUUGGUAUCAACCACUGUAGCUCAAAUGUCACUAUUCUCGAUAUUUCUACAUUAUCCUUUCCUGGUUUGAUUCAAGGUCCCCUCACAGCGCUGAAUUCUACAAUAUACUAUAGAGCUUUACAAUGGACGCCUACAAUAAAACAGCUAGGGUUUCAAGGGAUGUGCGCGAUGGCAUUGAACAGUGAAAAAUCACAAUCACCACAGUACUGUUUCACUUUCUAUGUGACAGAAAAUGGUACAAGUACGUGUCCUGUAGCUACCAUUAGCAAUGCAACAACAACAACAACAACUACUACUACUAAAACAUCAGCUAAUCAUAUUGAUUGGCCAUUAAUCGCAGGUGUAUGUGCUGCUCUUGCACUUGCCGUCUUGGGGUGUUGCCUAUGCUUACUUCUUCGCAUAUUCAAAUGCUAUCCGUUUUCAUCUCGUAGGAGGUCUAGUAAAAACAAUGGUCCAGAGCAUUCCAAGCUGCCAAUGCAUACACGAAAGAUCAGCACUGUCCGUUAUUUCCGAAAUGAGAAUCCCAAUGAUUUGAGCGAAAACUCAUCUCGAUCGAGUCUUAUAAAAAUUAACAAUCACAGACAACCAAACAUCGCUGAGGUUUCUCAAUGUUCACACAAAAUACCACGGACAGUGCCAUCCAACGAUACUAAUUUGAAUGACAAAUCUACAGAUAAUGAUUGUGGUACCUCUAUAACUCAAUCACGACAUAAUGUUCAUGUUAAAAGGAUUCGUCAACAAUACCUCAAGAGUAUGUUUGAUGAUAAGUCAUCAAAAAUGAAGAAAAUACGCCCGCAUAAUACGGCUUCUACAAACAACAUGAAUGUCAUACCAAAUGCUGUUUUUGGUGUUCUCUCUCAAUCUCAAUCUCAAAUGCAAAUCCAGAAACCCGUACAACCAAAAACUGAGCAUGCUGGCAAUUCCUUUACAAAUGUCACCAUCUCACACAUAUCUCGAUCGAAUUUGUAG